AUGUCCGGAGAAGUGGUCGAAUACAACGAGGAGAGCUCCACGCGGACGCUCCGCGAUGCGUUUUUCAACUCCAGCUGCGUCCCCAACGCGACCAACUGCUCCCGCGGCGACUUCCCCAUGUCGGACUUUGGGAAAGCGGAAUUUUCUGGAGACGGCGCGGCCGCUGUCCGGAUCACCAUUUCGGUCAUCUACUCCCUGGUCUGCGCGCUGGGUCUGGUGGGGAACCUGCUGGUGCUGUACCUCAUGAAGUCCAAACACGCGUGGAGGAAGUCCUCCAUCAACCUCUUCGUGACCAGUCUGGCCGUGACGGACUUCCAGUUCGUGCUGACCCUGCCCUUCUGGGCGGUGGAGAACGCGCUGGACUUCGCGUGGCCCUUCGGCAAGGCCAUGUGCAAGAUCGUGUCCUACGUGACGGCCAUGAACAUGUACGCCAGCGUGUUCUUCCUCACGGCCAUGAGCGUGGCGCGCUACUUCUCCCUGGCCUCGGCGCUCAGGGGCCGGCGGCGGCUGCGCGCGCGCUACUGCUGCCGCUCCGCGCGCGCCGGCUCGCUCCUCGUCUGGAUCGCGGCGGUGCUCGCGGCCCUGCCGCACGCGGUCUUCUCCACCACGGCCACCGUGUCCGGGGAGGACCUGUGCCUGGUCAAGUUCCCGGAGACCAACGCCACGGCGCAGUUCUGGCUCGGCCUCUACCACUCGCAAAAGGUCCUGCUGGGUUUCGUGUUGCCCCUGGCGAUCAUCUCCGCGUGCUACCUGCUCCUCCUGCGCUUCAUCACCUCCAAGAACAUCAACACCUCCAGCGCCAAGCGCCGCGCCAAGGUGACGAGGUCCGUGACCAUCGUGGUGCUGUCCUUCUUCCUCUGCUGGCUGCCCAACCAGGCGCUGACCGCCUGGGGCAUCCUGGUGAAGCUCAACGUGGUCCACUUCACCUACGAGUACUACACCAUGCAGGUGUACGUGUUCCCGGUGUCCGUGUGCCUGGCGCACUCCAACAGCUGCCUCAACCCCAUCCUGUACUGCCUGAUGAGGCGCGAGUUCCGAAAGGCGCUGAGGAGCCUGUUCUGGCGCAUGGCCUCCCCCACGCUGACCACCAUCCGGCCCAUCACGGCCUCCACCAAGCCCGAGGCGGACGAGCAGGGCCAGGUUCUGGUGCCCGGGAGCGCGUCGGCGGCCCCCGGCGUGGCGUUUUUCCCCCCGGGGACCGUGGUGUACAACGACAGAAGAGACCUGCCCCAAAACAGCACGUAG